AUCAUUUUCGGCAUGACUGGGGUCAAGGGGUGUCCCCAUCAUAAGUCACGGCCCAGUUUAUCCCAUGGCAACCAGUUAAGUGGGAGGGCGGGAUAAAAAAUACUUCCCAGACCGAAGUUACAGAGCUGAAGUGUCAUUAUCAAGAUGAAAAUCUUUGGAUUCACACUUGCCUUAUGUGCAUUACACUAUGUCUGUGGAGAACAUACCCAUAAAGUGUUCCAUGAAGAUCAUUAUGUUGAUGGGAAGCAUAAUCCUGAACAUGAUAUGAAUGCUUUUCUGGGCAAUGAGGAUAAAGAGGAGAUUAAAAAGCUGAGUCCUUCGGAGCAGAAGAAAAGACUUGGGGAAAUCAUUAAGAAGAUUGAUGCAGAUUCAAACACAUAUUUAAGUGCAGAGGAGAUUACUGUGUGGAUUCAGAGGGUGUAUGGGAAAUAUGCACUGGAUGAUAUAAAACAGCGCUUUCCGGAUUUCGACGCUAACCGAGAUGGGAUUGUUUCCUGGGAUGAGUAUAACAUAGUUAUGCAUGACCACUUAGUUGUAGUGGAUGAAAACACCAUUCUCGAAGACCCUGAGGAAGAAUCCCUCAGAUAUUUACACUUAAAGGACUGGAGACGUUUUGACUUUGCUGACAUGGACGGCACACCUGGCCUGAACUUGACUGAGUUUCUUGCCUUCACUCACCCUUCAGAAGUGGACUACAUGGCUGAUUUUGCCAUUGAGGAUGUGCUGGUUGAAUAUGAUGCAGAUCAAGAUGGAUUCAUCAGCUUGAAAGAGUUCAUUGGAGAUAUUAGCCCCGAUGGAGGGGACAUAACGCAGUGGGAGAUAGAAGAGACCGUGCGCUUUAAGGACCUGUAUGAUCAGGACGGAGAUGGCAAGCUGAACAAGGAAGAGCAGCUUCUCUGGGUGGCUCCCAACAGCUACGGCUCCGCCCGUCAAGAGGCCAUUCAUUUGAUCAAGGAGAUGGAUGGGGAUGGGGAUGGUAGGCUGUCAGAGUCCGAGAUUUUGCAAAACCAAGACACGUUCAUAAACAGUGAAGUGACAGAUUAUGGAAGGCAGCUUCAUACGACGCAUGAUGAAUUGUAACAUGAUAUCUUACAAAUACAUUUUUUUUUACA